AUGAGUUCGAUCGAGCCAUCCGCGGCUGCAGAGACCGCGGUGGGGACGACCUCGACGCAUUUGGAAGAGGUCCGCGACCGUCUUUGGGGCGCGCUGCGUGUGACGCACGAGCAAAGAAGCGGCGCAGCAGAGCCAGACAACGGCGAGGAAAGCAAGCUGCAGGGUGGGCACAUGGUGGACCGAAUGCCCUCCGAUGUACAUACAAGUCCCACAACACCUGCAGCACCGCUAGAACUGACGCGUGUGGACAUGGAGCAGCUGAUCUCCUGUGUUUACUGCGCCGUGCACAUCAACGCCACAGCACAAGAUUCUCAAGAUGCGGCAACGUUGGUGUUAAAACAACUAGACACCGACUUGCUUGAGCCGCGUGCUUCCGUCGAGGCACCAUACACGCAGGUGGACGUCGUGACGUUCUUAAACAGCGUACCUUCUCUCUGGCUCCCGGACUUGGUGGCGGCGCAGGAGGAGGCAGCGCAGCUCAGCGGUGGCAGCUCAUUGCUGGAAGACUUCAAUCUCGAGCUGAUUGACUGCAUCGUAAAUGACGAGGAGCCGCACAACCUUCUCGAGCCAGCGGAGGUGCUGACCCUUCAGCGGACCACGGCCGCCAUCGAGCUUGUCGCUCCGUACACAGACUACAUAACGUUGUCCUCGAUGCACGGCUAUCCGCCCGUGUACGACACGCUCUUCGCGAAGCUGCGCAGCUUAGAUGAGCGCAGCGCCGGCGGUCUUUCCUUGUCGCAGUUCCGCCUCUUCUUCCACUGGUUUUAUGCCAUGCACUUCCGCAACACGAACUUGCCGCGGUCCAACGCGGCCGCCGACGACAUCUACCAGCGCUACCUCGACUCACACGGCGACUUGACGAUCACGCAGUUCCGGCUCGCCUGCGAGGAGAUCUGCGCCGUGUACGUGCAGAUUCGUGACGCCGCCCCUUACUUGCAGCAGCUUGUUCAACGGACAGAGAGUGUCAGGUCAGAAGGCGGCACGCCAAGUCAAGACAACAAUGCCUGCUCUUCUGCAGCAGACGCCGAGUUUUUUCUUCACCCGGAAAAGGCGACGCUGCCCGCCUGGCAACGUGAUCUGAUCGAACCCACGCAGCUCUACCUUCCAGAUGAGCUACGUGUGGUGCAGCAGGAGGCCGAGCGCCACCGGCGCCACAGCAGCCCGCGCAUUCUUCUCACCGGUCCGGUCGGGAUUGGUAAAAGCGUCGUGGGGCGGCAGCUUGCCGACGCACUCCACUGCGUGCAUCUGGAUGUCCUCGAGUUGGCCUUCGAGGUGUUUCAGAGAAGGCGCCAAAGCUCCGUCGGGGACGUGAUCGUUGCGUGUGUGCAGGAGCAGACGCCGGUUCCGCUCGAGGCGCAGGUCACGCUGCUUCGCGAGGCGAUAACGAGUGAGCGGGCGCAGUACCGCGGCUACGUCUUGAGUGACACCAUUACCUCCACCACCGACGCCAUCGAACUGGUGGAGGAGCACUUUAUUCGUCCGUUGAAAAUACUGGAGGAGGCGCGACCCGACCACGUCGUGGAGCUGGUAUGCGCGGAGCCGGAGGUGUACGCGGAGUACGCGACCACACGCACCGCGGUAGGUGUACCGGCGUGCGUAUCCGCGUGUGCUGCGGUGGCCGCCAAUGUAGAGAAACGCCGCCAGGCCGCGGAGAAGCAGCAGAUGAAGGCGGACUGCGAGAAGAUUCUCUUGCACUUGUUGGAGCUGGAGAGUGUGGCGCCGAAGAAAGGAGGUCCAUCGGAGGAGUUGCAGCUGGCCCGGCAGCAGGCUGUGGAGGCGCAGGAGAUCCUCGACGCACUGAGCGCGGAAGAAAACGAGGCAAGCGCAGAGGGACCGACGAGGGGGGACGCCUUCGAGAGCGCAGAAGAGGUGUCGUCGGAGGCGAAAGCCGCGCAGGAGAGCGAGGAGAUUCGCCUUUGUCUUUGUGCGUUGAUAUACGAAGGCCGCAAAGCUGCCUGUGUGCUGGCAGUUGCGCCAGCCCCAGCGGCCGAUGCAUCAGCGGACGGCAGUGGCGAGCGGUCACCUGCCGACGCGAUCGCGCCACUCACCACGCAGGAUUGGACUUCCUGCUGGCGCAAGACGAGCGAAGCCGCUCGCCACCUUGGCCGGUACCUCUCCGUUGAUCCCAUUGCAUCGCUUGACAGCACGCACGUGGUGUCGUACAUUACGCAUGCCUUUAACCUGUAUCCCUGCGAUCUUGCGGAGGUGCUCGGUGUACCGGGUGAAGAAACCGUGGAUGACGCAGCGGCGUCCUCUGCUGCCUCUGAUGCAGUUGUGGAAGCGCAUGCCACCCGCGCCCGUCCCUCCUCGUUGGCAGACGAUGAAGAGCGCUGUCGACUGGUCGAGGAAGUGGUGGCCGAGAAGGGGCUGAGACCGUCCCCGAUUUGGAAGCGUUACUGCCCGGUGACGGCCGCCGUCGACGGCGUGCUAAUCGAAGGCGCUGCGUGCUACGCGUGCGCCUAUCGGGGCUGCUACUACUACUUUGCCUCCAGCUCCAAGCGGAACGAUUUUGUCGACCACCCCACGCGGUACCUUCGCCAGGCUUUCCCGGAGCAGAAAGCGGUGCUGUUGCUCGCAGAUGACGCGAUCAUUGCGACGCUGCCGGAGCUGCUUCAGCAAGUCGCCGACGAUAUCACCGUUCAAUGUCGUCUCACACCGUUUUCUGCGUCGACGUUCGCUACGUUGAUGGAGCCGCGGCACCUGCUGCUACAAUCCCGCGCAGCUGCAAAGGAUACGCGCCGCAAGACGGAAGCGGCCACCCGCAAGGCCCGCCACGAGCGACAAGAAAUCGCUGCCAAGGCGCUGGCGAAGAAGUCGAAGGGCAGGCUCGAGCCCACCAAGCCGAAGACAAAGAAGCUGUCCGACUCGGUCGCACGCAAAUCGCCUCUGCAGCCGACAGCGCCGCAGGCGCACAAAGGCAGUGCUGGCGGACGGCGUCGUGUACCGCGGGCGAUGGUGGUCGAGGGCCCGCAGAGCAUGGCAGAGGAGAAGCAGAUCCUCAUCGACGCUGCGAAGGACAAGAUGGCGGAGGGCGCGCCGCUGCUGGUGACCGCAAUAGCUGCGGCCGACCUCGACUUCACUCUCUUUCACAAGUUGUGGAAGCAGCAGGUGGUGCCGGAGACGGUGGUGGCCUUGAGCUUCCUCAAGACUGCCGCUGCCGAUGGUGCGGCGGGGUCAACAGAAGAGGCGGGAGACGAGCAAGACGGAGACGAGGCGGAUGAUGACGACAGCAAAAAUAACGAAGGAGAGGGACGCGGAAACGACUCCUCAACAGCAGCGUCGUCCGCAUCCACGUUUCAGCGAAUCGUGCAACUGCUGGAGAAACGCCCAAAGGUGGACUGGCGUACCGCGAAAGCAGAGGCCAGCCAAGGCGGCGCUGCCGUCGUCGCGCCGUCCUACGACAUUCACACGAUCCCUGUUGACGACUCUGCGAUUGUCUCGGAGAUCGUCGCCGAGGUGAUGCAGCAGUUAAACCCGCUCUCCAUUGUGGCCAGCGAGGACGCCGUGGAUGAGGCACUCGGAGAAGAGGGCGAAGACGGCGCUGCGGAGGACGGCGACGAGGAAGACGAGGAGCAGGCGGCGGAGGACGAGGCACUGCUCUACCCGGACGAAACGCAGCGUCCCUCUGCUCUCCCUCGUGCGCGCCGCGACCCCCUUGUCAAGCCCAUGCGCCGCUUUCUGCACCAGUUCGGCUCCCGCCUGGACUACUGCCCCGUCACGUUACACGAUCGCGGCAUCCUCGUGCGUGGCAGUCAGGAGUUCUGCCUGCACUACGCGGACGGGCUUUACAUCUUUGCCACCGAGGACGCGCGCAACGCCUUUGCGCGGUGUCCGCAGCGCUACGUUGGUGAGCUGCCCCCGCAGGAUGUGCCGCCGCGUAUGUGGAUCGUCGGCGUUACGCAGUCGGGCAAAAAGACGCUGGCUUCCGGGCUGCAGGAGGCGUACCGCGUGCCCUUCUUCGUGUAUGACCGUCAGUUCUUUGAGGAGUGCGUCGACACCGCGUUGACGCCCGGUGGUGGCAUGGUGCGCGGCGUCUAUAUCCCUGAGGACACGACGGAGGCGAACCCGUAUCUGAAGCGUGCCUUCACUCUGCUGGAGGAAGUACACGACAAGGAGAAGGAGGAGAAGAAGCAGAUGGAGGCGAAGGCUGAGGCGGAGCGACAGCUCGAGGAGCAUGAGCGAAAACUCGAGGAGCGAGAAGCACGAGAGGACGCCGGAGUGGAGGAAGAAGAGGACACGUCGGACGAGGAUGACUGGACAGAGGAGAAGGAGGCGGCGCUCCAGGAGAAAGUCGAGUUUGAGCCGGAGGACGAGGAGGACAAGCAGGUGCGGCUGAGCGAGGCGUACCUGCGCAUUGCCAGCUGCGUGACGCGCUUCCGCCCCUUCGACAAACUGGGCUACGUCAUGAUCUGCCCGCCUUUCUCGGACGGCGACCUCGACGUCCUCUUUGACGAGGGCGGCAUUCCCGAGGUCGUGGUGCGGCUGAGCAUAGACGAGGACGUCUUCAAUCAGCGCAGCACGUUGCGGGCGGCUGCACGGCGCGCCGCGGCGCAGCAGGCGAAAGCGCUCGACGUCGCCGCGAAGGAGCGGGAGGCGGCCCAGCACGCGACGCAGAGGUCACGCGAGGCAACUCUGCUGCAGCGUGCCCGGGAGAAGGCGUUGGCGAAGUGGCGGCGGCGUCACAUCGGCGUGAACGACGUCGACGAACCGUCCGACGUAGACAACGAAGACGAAGAGUCAGACGCGAACAAACAGAAGAGCGACGGCGAAGCAUCGAGCUUGCGGAAGCAGAAUAAGAAGAGUAAGGUGGCCGACGAAGAGGAGACCGAAGUCGAGGCAGAGGCCGACCGGCAAGCGCAGGAGGACGCGCUGGAGGAGUUCAUGACCUUCGUGGAGGAGCGCCGUGUGGAGGUGGUGAACGUCAACGCCGCGGCCGCGCGGGAGACGGUACGACGGGCCGUGGUGGAUGCCCUCGGCCGCCACCUGGACAACCGUGCAUCGCUCUUCUACCACCCUGAGGUGAUUCGCCCGGACGAGGUGGCGGCGCGUCUGGCGAGUGGGCAGUGCGACUGGUCCUCCUUCGGCUCUCAGGAUCCGGUGCGGCUGUACGCCUACCGCCGCGAAGGCCAGCGGAUGGUAUGCAAGUGGAAGCCGUCCGGCGUGCGUGUGGGGCCGGAGGUCGAUGAACACGGCGAGGACGCAGCUCUCGCAGACCACAUUGAGAGUGCCGAUGAUAGGCAGCCGCCAGAGGAGCCGGAGGAGCUCAGUGAGGUCGCGUCGGACGACGUGGAGGAGUUGCGGGACGCCGUGCAGCGGCGUGACAACCGCGCCCGUCGUGCGGCGGCUCGCCGUGUGGCCCGCGUGAACGCCCGUCUCUAUUCGUUCGACGACGACACGACGUUGGCGCGGUUCAUGCGCAACCCGUGGCCGUUUCUGCGGGGGCCGCCGCCGAGCCCCACGCUGUCGCCUGCACCGGUGGUGGCCGUGUUUGAGCCGGACACGCGUUGUGAGUCGGAGGUGGUAGGCGCGAAGCAGCGCUGCCUCGCGGACUCCGUCGCGUACAACCUUCACACCAAGUGCGUCUCUACGUCGUCGCUAUUGGCGUGGGGCGCCGUGCAUACUCACUGGCAGUCGCUGCGGCUGGAGUGCAUGCUGGCCGCCCAGCAGGGCCUUGUCGAUGCGUCGCUCACGCAGAAGCUGCUCCAACUGUACUUGUCGUCUGCGGAGACGAAGAAGGACGGUGCGGUGUUGCACAACCUGCCCAUCACCGCCGUGUCUGCGGAAGCAUUAACUCGCGUGAAGGGCACUGCGCCAGUGAUGAGGGUGAUAACAGCCCUGCCCGAGGACAGCGCCACGACGGCUUUAUCAUCAUCGUCGUCCUCGCCCGCGGGGUCAUCGCCACAGGAGCUCGCUGCGCUGGUCGCGCAAUCGAUGCGCACGUACGCCUCUGUUGGCCUCACGCUGCCGCAUCCGUGUGCGCCGCUGGACAGCAGCAACUUAGUCGCGGCCGUCCACGGCGUUGUGGGUUUCUGUGCGGAUGCGCAGGAGGCACGUCUUCGCGAGUGUCGCGCCUUCCCUGUGGCUCUUCGCAAUUCAUACGAAGUUUUUCAACACGUCCAGCGCCACCUGUCGGAGUACAGUGCCUACUGCCCCUACGAGUGGGUCGAGAACGGAGACUUGGUGAAGUGCAUCCCAGCCGAUCGUUCGUCUGCCUCUGUGCCGAUUGACCUGUGUCUGGGGGCCAAGUACCUUGGACAGUACUUCUUCUUCAGCUCCGCAGACUACCUCGAUCGGUUCUUGCGCAACCCGACGACCGUGACAGACCCCGCCACGGCGAAGCCGAUGCCAAAGUACUUGCCAUCCCUGGUGCCUGCAGCCGCUGCUGCUCAGCUGAAGGAGGCGGACCUCGCUCUUGAGGGCUGCUGCCCCGUCUUGCUGUACGACACGCGUGACCGUUGUGGCAUGCGUGGGGUGCGGCAGCCGAUUGCGAAGAAGGGCUCGUUAGACUUUGUGGCGGAAUACAACGGACAGAAGUACGCAAUGCUGAACGAGGAACACCAGAAGCGCUUCCUGCGUCGCCCGUGGCAGUACGUGGAGGGCGCGCAACUGCCGGCCGUCCUGCGGCGACCGCUGCCGAAGGGCAUGAGACCGUCCGCGAUCCCCGACACGGAGGAGUACCUUCAGCGUCAACUCUACGACCCGGUGGCGCAGGCCCUGGUGGCGGUGGGGCGGGAGCGGCCCAUCUACCCCGGCCUCUCCGUCGAGGAGUCCGCCCUGAAGUACAUUGCGCUCUACCUGAAGGCACACCGCGACCCCGCGAACCUCAGCCCCUUUGAGGCGGCGUCCUACACGACCAACUUCGAGUUAUUCCACAAGCGCGCCACGCUCUACCGACACGUGCUGUCGAGGGAGGCGAAUGGGACGGCUCUGGAGAGGGUUGCGGCCGCGGCGGCGACUGCGACAAACGGGGCGUCCGCCGACGACGAGGAAGCGAAUAAAACCUUCUGCGCUUCUUACGAGGAAGUGCGUGCUGACGCGCACCAGAUGAAUUGGCUAAACCGACUCCCAAAUCCCGCGCUCAGCCCCUGA